AUGUCUGCAGCCGAUGCGUGGUCUUGUCUGAAGAAGGACCCCUCGGUUCCAUGCAACGAAUGUUUGAGUGGCGAUGACGCGUACUGCACGCACAGGGUCUUGACCUACAACGACAAGUACAAGAAGAACGGAGCGACGUCAGAUAGAGGUCAUCCCGACUACGUGCGUGUAGCCCACGAGGACGCUUUCAAGAUCCUGGACAAUAUUCCAUCCGACGGUGCUGCGCUGCUGCUGUGUGCUGAUACCACUGUGCUCAUAUCGCUAGAAGAGAAUCGUGUGAAGCCUGAUAAGCGUGUGGGUGUCGAGGACGUCAAUGGUCUUGGCCACAAAUUUGCCCAUGCCAUGGGUGUUGACGCUGUAAUGGCGUUCUUUAGUUUGACGAAAAAGGAGCAGAAAAUGGCUGACUCGGGUGCGACAGAGUUUGUGGUGGACAGGAAGAAAAAGCAAGCUGCGACUGUGAUCGGCUUGACGGAUGUUUCUCGGUCUUCUUACGCGAAGGUGUUAACUGCUAUUGCACUGCUGGCGUGUGUAGCUUCGAGAGUGGCCACCUCAGCAUGGAUAUCACAGGAUGUCAUGCGAAGCUCCCGCGCGCUGAAGGCGGCGCAUACGCCGGUCCAAGCUAAUCGAAACUUGAGGCUUCACGCGGCAAAGAGCGACCACACCUAUAAUUUUGAAGAGAGAAUGCUACCUCUUAAAGUCAUGGGACAACCUGUGGCAGUGGAAUUAUCACAAAGUGAAGCUGCUGCCCUACAAAAAUUGUCAGAUUUAUACGCUGGCAAUGCACAUGAGGCAGUUGGAAAAAUAAUGGGAGGCAUUUCGCAAAGGGUCGAGGGCGUCACAAACUUGGAACAAAAAGAAGUCGUAUAUAACAGUUUGAUCAAGUUGUUUCUGAAUCCCGGCAAUGACUAUAAACUGGCCAGAUUGCUCGAUGCAGAAGCAAAGAUCAAGGAAAUGACAGCCUUCGCUAAAAAUCUACAAGCUGCCCAGUUGCGGUAUUGGCACUCGCAAGGGAUGUCUGCGGCAGAUGUCUUCGACGUUUUACAACUUGGCACAUCAAACGAGAAGCUAUUUCAAAACCCACUCUUUUACAGAUUGAUUGAUUUCAUUAAGUCAACGACAUCGGAUAAGGAGACCUCAAGCGUGUUGCCGACCUUGUACUCGACAUUGUCAAGUAAAUUUAAUACGAACGAUUUGGUGAAGUAUUUAGUCAACGACAUAAACGCUGGUCGUGAGACACAUCUCGCUCCAAAACUGCUACUAAUGCGGCUGUUGAAGGGUCAACUUGAUGGGGAAUCAAAGCGGACGGUUUUAAAUGUUGCGAAGCUUAACACCGGUAGCCAACGCAUGAACGGCCCGCUCAAGGUCACUUUUCGCAAAUUCUCGGGCUUUUUUACUCGUAUAGAUUCACAAUGGGAUGAUUUGACUCAGCUCAAGGAGAUGUUCGGCGAGUCAAAAACUGGAGAGAUGCUCACUACGACGAACGAGGAGAGCUCCGUAGUAACGCGGGCGGAGCGUCUGCUUCACAAACAAUUCAGUUUGUGGUUGGAUGAUGAAAUUCUUGUGGAAACUCUUGACGGCAAGCUUUUAAGAGAUGGUGUUUCUAAAGACGUGGUCAAGAAGAUUAAGGAGAAAUACGUCAAUACUGGGCUACCCCUAUGGAACAACGUGCAAAUCUAUAACCAUCUGCUCUUUGACGAGUCUAAAGAAGAGUGGUUGGUGGACCUCCGGAAACGAUAUUGCAUUCUAUAUAAACUCUUCCAAAAUUUCUUGUGUAUAGUAAUUCGUAAAUUCUAA